AUGGAUGUAUGCGAAUUUGUUGAUCCAAUAAGGAAAAGAAAAAUAACAAAUAAUUUAAUUGAUUUCGACAAAUAUAUAUAUAAAGAAAAAAGUGAUAAAUGUGAAGAACAACAAAGUAAUGAAUAUGUUAUAAAAAAAAAAAAAAAAAAAAAGUUAAGAAGAGUAUUGGAUAGUGAUAGUAGUGAUAAAGAAAAUAUUAAAAAAGAAUACAACAACGAAUGUGAUGAAAAAAAAAAAAAUGAUGAUGAGUUAUUGUGUAAAAGUUAUGAAGAUAGUAUGACAAAUGAUAAUGAAAUUGAAGAAAGAAAAGAAUAUGAAAGAAAUUUAAAAAAAUUAUAUAAUUGCUUACUAGGUUCAAUAAAAGUUAAAAAUAAAAUUAUAAAAUAUUUUACACAAAAUGUAAAAGAAAAAAGACAAGAUAUAAUAAAAGAAUUUGUAAAAGGGUCAUUCCGAAUUAAUAACUAUGAUGCAGAUUUUGAAGAUUUUGAAAAAAAUGUAGAUACAUUUCAUAAAUUAAAAAAAUAUCAAAAAUGUGGGGUUUAUUGGUUAUAUAUUUUAUAUAAAGAAAAAAAAAAUGGAAUUUUAGCAGAUGAGAUGGGAUUAGGAAAAACUGCUCAAACUUGUGUAUUUUUAGAUUAUAUGUAUAAAACAAAUAAAUUACAAAAUAAAACUAUUAUAGUAGCACCAACAAGUUUAUUAAAAAAUUGGGAUAACGAAAUUGAUAUGUGGUGUCCAUAUCUCAAAAAUCAUAAAAUUAUUUAUUAUGGAAAUCAAAAUGAAAGAAAAUAUUUAGCAUAUGAUAUAUUUACAAAUAAAAAAAAUAACAAUAAUAAUAAUACGAUACAUUUAAUUAUUACUAGUAUUAAUAUGUUAACAGGAAAAAAUGAUGCUGCAUAUUUUAGACAAAUUCGUAAAUAUGAUUAUCUAAUUUUUGAUGAGGCUCAUUUUUUAAAAAAUAAAAAUUCAUUAAUCUAUAAAAAGUUACAAAAAAAAAUAGUAUUUAGUAAUAAGAUAUUACUUACUGGUUCUCCUAUUCAAAACAAAACACAAGAACUAACUAAUCUCCUUUUAUUUUUAAUGCCACAUAUAUUUACAGAGCAAAAUAUAAAUGCUGCUAUGGAUGCCUUUUUAAAGUUGUACCAAGAAGUAGUCGAGAAAAAAGAACAAAUAGAUGACACCCAGUUAGAAAUAAAUAAUCAAUCGCGUAACUACAACAUUAUGGACAUUUAUGAAAUAGAAUCUGAAUCAGAUGAAGAUAAAAAAAAUAAAAUAAAAACAAACAAAGACGAUGAUGUAUAUUGUGUAAGUAAUAGUUAUGAAGAUGAUGAAAAUGAAAAUAAUUCAGACGACGAAAAAAAUGAAGGAGAUAUGUGUGAAAAUACUCGAACUAUUAUAAAAAAUUAUCUUGAUGAAACAAUCAAACAUCAUGAAAAAAAUAUUGAGAUUAAAAAUAAAGAAAUUAUUUUAUUACAAUUAAUUAUUGAACCAUAUAUUCUUCGACGAUCUAAAAAGCAUGUUUUUAUAGAUAUGCCUAAAAAACAUAGUAUAAUAAUUAAACUGCCUCUAAACAAUACACAGCUUGAUUUAUAUAAAGACGAGAUAUUAUCAAAAUUACAACACACACAUAAACAUUUAGAAUUUUUACAAACUAAUUCAAGUAAAGAAGAAAUGGAAAAACUAAAAUCAAUACUAGAAGGAAAAACAGAAAAAGAAUCAAAAAAUUUACAAACUAAUGAAUCAAACAGUACAACGGAUACUAAAAACUUUGAAGAGAUGAAAGGCAGUAGUGAUAAUUAUGAUGAAGAUGAUGAUAAGAUAGAUGAAGAGACAAUAAAUAUAGAAAAAGAAGAAGAGAAUGAAGAAGAAAAUAAAGCAAAAAUUAUAAUAAACAAAAGAGAGGAUGAAGAAGUAGUAAAAAUUAGCCAAGUUACUUCUACCUCAUCACAAAAUAGUAAUGGUACUACAAAAGAAGAAAGAGGUAAAAUGAUUAAUGCUUCUAUCUUUAUUUUAAGGAGAAUAUGUAAUCAUCCAUUGUUACAUAAAUAUUAUUAUUCUGUUGAUGAUAUAAAAAAGAUAUCAAAAUAUUUUUAUAAUAACACUGAUCAAUAUUUAGAUUUAGAUUUAAAAACAGUUGAAAAUGAAUUUAUGAAAAUCUCAGAUUUUGAUAUACAUUUAUCAAUUAAACAUUUAAUAUCUCAAGGAGAUAAUAAUUUAAAUAAAUAUUUGAUCGAUAAAAAACAUAUAUUAAAUAGUACAAAAAUACAUCAUAUGCUAAAUCUUAUUAAAAAUAUAAAAGAAAAAAAAGAAAAAGUUUUAAUUUUUUCUCAAUAUACUACAUUUUUAGAUAUUAUUGAAGAAUCACUAUUAUAUGAAUUUAUUUAUGAUGAACAUGAUUAUGCUGAGCAUUCUAGUUUUGUUGAUAAAACUCAAAGUGUUAGUAAACUAAAUAAUUCAAUUGAAAAUGAACAGAAUAAUGAUAAGCAAAAUGGAAAAAGUCCAAAACGUACUAGCUUUAACAAAGAUGAUGAUACUUAUAUGCGAUCCCCCUCAGCAAUGUCUACUUCUUCACAAUUAUCCGAAAAAAAAACACAAAAUAAUAUCUAUGUUCGAUUAGAUGGAUCGACAAAUACCAUUGAAAGGCAACAAAUUAUAAAAGAGUUUUCAGAAAAUGAUAAUGUUUUUAUUUUUUUACUUUCAACAAAAGCUGGCGGCGUUGGCUUGAACUUAAUCGCAGCUAACCAUGUCAUUCUCAUGGAUCAGGACUGGAACCCCCACAACGAUAGACAAGCCGAAGACCGAGUACAUAGAUUGGGACAAAAAAAAGAGGUAUACAUUUAUCGACUAUGUUGUAAAAAUACAAUAGAGGAGACAGUUCUUAAGUGUUGCAAAGCUAAAUUACACCUUGAUCAAGCUUUUGGAGGAAAUAGCGAUUUAUUACAAACAGCUUUUAUAAAAGAUGCCUUAAAUGUAGUGGAAAUGAAGUAA